UAUACAUCAAUGUCUUAUCCUGAAUAGCUGAUAACCUUGAAUAGUAUUUUUUAUUCGAACAUGAUCUUCAAUACACCGUGCUAGUGAUAUAAGAUAUAGGCAGCAACCUUAAAAGGUUUUAUGAUUCCCGACUGAACUGAAAAUGGAGAUAAAUUUCAGUGGAAAAAGGGCUUUAGUAACAGGAGCCACAAAAGGUAUUGGUAAAGACAUUGCAAUCCAGCUAUCAAAAUGUGGAGCUAAAGUGGUUGCAGUGGGAAGAACUAAACAGUUGCUAGGGGAACUGGAAAAGGAACUGCCUGGAAUUGAAACCAUAGAAUUGGAUAUCGCUGAUUGGAAACGGACGGAAAAAGUUUUGAAAACAAUCGGCCCGAUAGAUCUAUUGGUCAAUAACGCUGGAAUGGGUUGGCUGAAGUCCCUUUUAGAUGCUACAGAGGAGGAUAUAGAUAGUGUAUUUGGGGUGAAUAUAAAAGCUUUGAUAAACGUAACGAAGAUUGUGGUACAAAAUAUGCUUGAUAGAAAGGCGCCAGGGUCUAUAGUUAACAUCUCUUCUCAGGCGUCCAUAGCAGGUCUUCUACAUCACACCGUUUAUUGCGCUAGCAAAGGUGCUGUUGAUGCUUUCACUAGAGCGACAGCACUAGAAUAUGGACCAAAGAAUAUCAGAGUGAAUGCUGUUAACCCUACAGUGAUCAUGACUGACAUGGGCAGACUUGGAUGGUCGGAUCCCAAGGUAGCGAAACCUAUGUUGGAGAAAAUUCCUUUGAACAGAUUUGGUGAAGUUAGAGAAGUAACAGAUGCAGUGUUGUAUCUGCUCAGUGAUAAGGCUAGCAUGAUAACAGGAGUAUGCUUACCGAUCGAUGGGGGUUUUACUGCAAUAUAAUAUAACAAAACCAUAAGUCUAGUUGUUACAUUCGAACAUGUGAUAAAAUUUUAAUAAAAGUGCAUAAAACACUAUUACCUUGAA